AUGGCAGAGGAUCCGAUCUACACCCUGAAUCGAAUGAUUAAACGACAACGACUGCUACUAAAACUGAUCGGUUUAGAUGGCUACGACCGGAAUUAUCGUAUCAACGGACCAACCGUCAUGGUGGUGUGUCUGGCAUCUAUGUUUUUACUGACAUCGUUGUACGACUUGGUUCUCUUCAAGAAUGACAUGUUUAACUUUGUCUAUGUGCUGAUUACGAUCUUCUUUGCUACCAUCGGUUUCGGUCGGAUAUCGGUGUGUUUGGCGUACUAUCACCUGUUACCGAACUUACUGGACCAAACCUACCAUACGUACCGGUUAGUUAAGGAUGACGAGCGCGAAAAGCGUAUUUUAAGCUGGUACACGCAACUUUUCGAACGUGCUGUUGAUGCGUACUCGAUCAUAUUUAUUGGGACGUCGUUUGCCGCAGCCCUAUUUCCUCUCGGUGUGUAUUUGCUGCAUGGUGAGCGUAUAUUACCGUACGGUGUAGUGCUGCCGUUCGUCGAUCCAUCCUCCCAGGUGGGGUACGAGCUGAACUACAUUUAUCAGGUUAGCUGCAUCAUCUGGACACCUGCCGGACUAGUCGCGUCGGAGUCUAUGGUGUUUGCACUGAUUCUCAAUAUCUGCAUUCAGUAUGAUAUCCUGGCAGUGCAGUUACUAGACCUAGACGAGCUAAUCCGUUCUCAAGGUCCCUUGCGGGAGGCAUUGAUCUCGCAAAAGCUACGGAGCAUUCUGCGCGGUCAGCAACGACUCGUGAGCUUUAUCUCAACCAUCGAAGAUUCGCACACCGUACUCUCAGGUGUGCUGGUACUAUCACUUGGACUUCAGAUUGUGAUCACACUCUUUGUAUUGCAGUUUUCCCUCUGGAUCCCCGGUCUGGUACUGAUACCGACGUUUUCAACUCAGCUCUUUCUGUUCUGUCUGCUCGGCACUGUCAUUGAGCACAAGGGUGUCAAGUUUUCGGAAAAUGUGUAUAACCUUACCUGGAACGAGCUGUCAACGAAGGAUCAAAAGAAUUUCCGCCUGCUGCUGCUUAGCUCCCAACAUACCAAAACGCUCACGUGCGCGCGUAUGACACCGAUUUGCUUGAAUCUGUUCCUAAAUAUGUCGCGGACGUUUUACUCAUUUUUCAUGAUGCUAAGAAAUACUACGUAA